CUUUCUGUCUGUUGUUAGUAUGAGAGUGCUAACUGAACAAAUAAAGUAGUUACUCAAUGGCUCCUCCAAGUGCCUUAACUUGGUCCCUUUUGGUGAGCAUGAGAACUAACUUUUUUUUUCCUGUAUGGAUACAAGUUUUGCAAGGACUUAUUCUCCAUCUUGGAUGAAUACUAUGUGAGAGAGGCAAAUAAAGUUCUAUUAUUUUGAGAUUCUUUUCAAUGAGUUAUACACUACUUUCAUGCUUUUUCACUUUCUAAUACAUCAGUGUUCUUAUUUGUGUAUGGGAAAUCACAAACCUUAUUUGUUUAAAAUAUUCUAUUUGCCAAGGUAUGUACACUACAUCCAUUUGUUGGAUAUUAUCUUCAUCUUUUGGAAAUUAAUUAUUAAUAAAAGAUGAACAUAGUUCGUGUUAGUAUAAUUGACUUAUUUGGGGCAUUAAAUUGGUUUAGUCGUGUGUUGUGUGUGUGUGUGUGGGGUAGCCGCGUGUGGGUGUUUGAUUUGGCCUCCAUUUAGCCGCGUUUGAAUUAGAGCAAGGGUUGAACCAAAUACAAAUUUGGUCCAGUCCAAGGAAGAAACUUUGUUUAGUUUUUAAGUUAGCGUUUUCCAUUCAGAUGAUUAGUAGUUGUGCCAACUGCCUUCUUAUCCUGCUUGUGCAACCUUUCCCUUUGCUGAAACCCUCUCCUUGGUGGCACCCACCCCUCUCAAUCUCUCCUCUACCUCACACAAAAGCUCUUCUCUUGCAAGCCUUCUCAUCCCUAAUGGGCUGGCAGUUCUUUUCAAGGCAGCGAGCAUAGAGGAACAAUGACAAUGAAGAGAUUCUCCUCAUCAAAUCAAGGUCAGCAGUAAUUGGGGAGAUUUCAGCGGUUUCCUCCAAGCGCUGACACUCAAUCAUCCUUGUGAUUUGGGCUUUAGUGUUGUUCAAGAGUUGAUCUUAGGGACUAAUAUUGCUAUUUUUGAGGCACGUCACUAAGUGUAGGGAAGUCUACAAUUCUAACAAUGUUGACUGGAACACAUUCAGAAGCUGCAUCCUAUGAGUUCACAACUCUCACUUGCAUACCAGGAAUUAUUCACUACAAUGAUACCAAAAUCCAACUUCUAGAUCUUCCAGGAAUCAUUGAAGGGGCUUCAGAAGGCAAGGGACGUGGGAGGCAGGUUAUUGCUGUUUCCAAGUCCUCUGACAUUGUGUUGAUGGUCCUUGAUGCUUCAAAAAGUGAGGGACAUAGGCAAAUAUUAACAAAAGAACUGGAAGCUGUUGGCCUAAGAUUAAACAAGAGGCCACCUCAGAUAUAUUUCAAAAAGAAAAAGACUGGUGGCAUUUCCUUCAAUAGUACAUGUGCUUUAACUCAUGUUGAUGAGAAGCUUUGCUAUCAAAUUCUGCACGAGUACAAAAUACACAAUGCAGAGGUGCUAUUCCGUGAGGAUGCUACUGUGGAUGACUUUAUUGAUGUCAUUGAAGGGAACAGGAAAUACAUGAAGUGUGUAUAUGUUUAUAACAAGAUUGAUGUUAUAGGCAUUGAUGAUGUUGACAGACUUGCCCGCCAACCAAAUUCGGUUGUCAUAAGCUGUAACUUAAAGCUUAAUUUAGAUAGAUUAUUAGCUAGGAUGUGGGAGGAAAUGGGUCUUGUAAGAGUGUACACAAAACCUCAAGGUCAACAGCCGGAUUUUACUGAUCCUGUGGUCCUCUCUACUGAUAGAGGAGGAUGUACAGUGGAAGAUUUCUGUAAUCAUAUACAUCGAAGCUUAAUCAAAGAUGUGAAAUAUGUGCUUGUUUGGGGAACCAGUGCUCGGCAUUAUCCACAGCACUGUGGUCUUCAACACGUUCUUCAAGAUGAGGACGUAGUUCAAAUAGUCAAGAAGAAGGAAAAGGAAGAAGGGGGGAGAGGCCGGUUUAAAUCGCACACGACUGGCCCAGCUCGAAUAUCUGACAGAGAAAAGAAGGCUCCUCUUAAAACAUAAAGCUGUUUUCAUCUGUAGACAACAGUUGAUCGGGUUUCCGUCUAGGCAUGGAAUUGAAAUUCCAUUAUGAAAGCAUGCAGUAGAGGCUCUUGAACCUCAGCUGAGAAUUAUCAGGGAGCUGUUAUCAGAAGCAUCUAUAUUUAGCAGUGCCCUUGUUACGUCUUCAGACCUACCUAUUUUGAUGUAAUAUUAGGAGAAUGUUUUUUUUAUUAUUAAAAAAAAGCGUGAACUCUAUUUUCCCAAUAAUUUGCUACUGUAUUGGGAGGAUUUCUCAAAUUUUUUUUUUCUUUUUGACCUGAAAAAUUAGGAUUUCACUGUUUAACAAUAAUCCUUCAUGAUACUCAACUCGAUUAUUUGAUCCUUCGUGCUGAAUUAUUCGAGCUUA